AUGUCUUCGCUUUAUAACUAUGGAAGUUUAAAUUUUGAGCUAAAGGCGCAAGAAACUUCAACCAUAGAAGAAUUGACAGAAAAAAACAAUGAAUUAAAAGGAAUAACAGAAAAAACAUAUUAUGAAUUCUUAAAACAAAAAUUUCUUAUCGAUGAAGAUUUCCAAGCCACUCCAAAAGAAAAAUUGCGAAUAGGAGAAAAAUUUGCGUAA